UUCCUGAAAACAUUUCAGUAGGAGGAGAAGUUGGCAGAGUCAAAGUAGAAGAUGUUGAUGAACCACAACAUAGAAAUACGAAAUACAGUUUUGUCAGAGGAAAUUACAGGGACACCUUUGAAAUUGUAGCAAAUCCAUUCACAAACGAAGGAAUCAUUAGGCCAAAGAAGCCCCUGGACUUCGAAAAAGUAGCAGAAUACAGGUUUGACAUUGAAGCAACAGAUCCCACAGUUGAUCUUCGCUAUUUUAAAUCCGGUGGCUCUAGGAGCAUUUCAACAGUCACCAUUGAAGUCACUGAUGUUGAUGAGCCUCCUGUCUUCACCAAACUACCAUAUGAAUUUAAAGUAAGGGAAAAUGACCCAGAAAUAAGAACACUUGGUUCAGUUUGGGCACACGACCCUGAUGCAGCUAAACGGAAAAUCAGAUUUAUUCGACGAAGGGCUAGUCCUAAUGGAGACUAUAUUAGGGUAUCCGAUACUGGAAUUAUUCAACUUCCCAAGCCCCUGGACAGAGAAUUCAGUUCCUCAUACAACAUCACUGUAGCAGCUCAGGAAAUCCUUGAAGAUGGCCGUCUUUCUGACAGAGAAUCACAUGCCCAAGUUCAUGUAAUAGUUACUGAUGAAAAUGAUAAUGCUCCAGAACUUGUCUAUCCUGAGGAACCCAGAGUGUGUGAAAAUGCUGCACCAGGAAAGGUAAUCAUCAGGAUUUCAGCUACUGACAAGGAUGAAAUAUCACCUAGAGGUUUCUUCAAAUACUCCCUGGCCACAGAAGAUAGCAACUUCUCCUUGGUUGAGAACUACGAUAACACAGCUAAUAUCACUGUCAAAUAUGGACAGUUUAAUCGUGAACUUGCCAAAAUCCACUACCUGCCUGUCAUCAUCUCAGACAACGGUGAUCCUGAGCUCAGCAGCACAAAUACACUUGUUAUCAGUGUCUGCAAGUGUAAUGAAAAAGGCAACUUCACUUUUUGUGAGGAAAGAGCUAAACAAGUUGGAGUUAGUAUACAAGCACUGGUGGCAAUUUUUAUCUGUAUCUUCACAAUCAUUGUAAUCACAUUGCUAAUUCUUCUAAGAAAGAGACACAAGAAGGAUUUGAGCGGUCUUGGGAGGAAUGUGGCAGAGAUUCAUGAGCAGCUUGUCACUUAUGAUGAAGAAGGUGGUGGUGAAAUGGAUACCACCAGCUAUGAUGUAUCUGUACUCAACUCUGUCCGCAAGAAUGGUAUAAAGCCGGAAGCAGUUCCCUCUCCAUAUGCACAAGUCCAAAAGCCUCCUGGAAAUAUAACUUCUGGUGCUGGAGAAAUGGAAAUGAUGAUUGAGGUUAAGAAGGAUGAAGCCGACAAUGACAGGGAUUUGCUGCCAUAUGACACACUUCAUAUUUAUGGCUACGAAGGUGCCGAGUCCAUUGCAGAAUCUCUUAGUUCUUUGGAAUCAGGCUCCUCAGACUCAGAUAUCGAUUAUGACUUUCUAAAUGACUGGGGACCGAGGUUUAAAAUGUUAGCUGAGCUGUAUGGAUCAGAACCAAAUGAAGAUUUUGUGUAUUAAGUUCAAAUUAGCCAUGAAUUUUCUCCCUCCCACUACAGAUAGACAUCAAGAGCCUGCCAAUGGCCAAAGAAGAACUCACAGCUCUUCACCCAAGCCGUACUAAGAUUUCAAACAGACAUGAAAAGAAACCUGACAGCAGUAGCGUUAAAAAGAAACACACAGAUCAUAUAUAUUGACUUCCCCCAGCACUGCUAUCCUUGCUAACAUCCAGUUCUUUCCCCAAAGUUGCUGCUCGAGGACCUGCUCGAGUCUUCUAGGACACAACUCCUCUCCCUGUCCAGAUAGACACUUCUCCCUAGAAAGUGGUUUUGUCCCCAGUUUCUCCUUCAUUCCUCUCC